AUGGCAUCCAUCCUGGAAGACAACGAGCCGCAUGACAAGGACUCAGACUCAGACUCAGACUCAGAUUCGUCAUCAGAUGAGGAAGAGCACGAGAUCUUUGCCGCUGUGAUGGAAAGCAUCAGGCUGGAUCUUCUUGCCGAAUAUGCUACCAAGACACGCAAGCGAUGUAGUUACUGGAAAGACCGGCAAGAAUUUUGGGUGUUGGAAAUCGGGUCACCAAUGUUCGGGUCUUACCACGUCCUUUACCCGGUCAAAUUCAAUGACGGAGUUCGCUGGCUACUGAAGGUCCCUGUGAAUGGGACCAAGGAGAAAUUCACUGAGAUGGAUGCUCGAGCCCUGCGCUCCGAGGCUCGUACUAUGCGCUACAUAAAGCAAAAGACGACAAUUCCGCUUCCGACUGUGUUUUCAUUCAGUGACACAUGUUAUAACGAGCUCAAUUGUCCGUUUAUCUUCAUUGAGUACAUUGACGGAAAAUCGUUAUAUGAAGUCUGGUUCGACAAAACAGGGUCAAAAGAAAUUACUCACGCCCGACGGACUAGGUGUCUGCAAGAUCUUGCAGCUGCUAUGGUUCAGCUUAGCCCGUUUUCCUUCAAGCACGCCGGAUCAAUAAUGAUGAAUGAAUUACAUGAUGACGAUAUCGGCCCAUUACGACAAAACGACUUUGCUUCUACGCUACAGCGGUUGCAUGAUGACACCUACGAUCGCUUACCAAUCUUCGUGGAACACGGACCGUUCUCGGAUCCCAAAGAAUACUAUACUGCUCUGCUGAGUAGCCAUCAGGAACCAGAAGCAGACCAUGAAAGGGGCCAGCUCAAGCUCCUGCAGAUGUUCGUGGAUUGGAUUCCCGAGCCGGAACCGACAUCUGGACACGAUCCCUUUGUCCUAGCCCAUUGGGAUCUGAAUAUCCAGAAUGUCUUGGUUGCAGACGACGGCACGGUCAAGGGAAUAAUCGAUUGGGAUGGAGUUAGCGCCGUGCCUCGAAGCGUUGGAAAUGAACGAUACCCAUCUUGGCUCACACGCGACUGGGAUCCUGCUAUGUACGGCUGGAACGAAGGUAUGGAGCGUGGUAUCAAGCCAAAGGGGUUGUGGGAGGACUCUCCGGAAACACUGCGUCGCUACAGAUCGAUCUAUGCGGAAUCAAUUCGAUCUCUUUCCAGUUCCCCAGAAAUGAGUUUCAAAUUGACUCGAAAUUCUGUCGUUUGUGAGAAUAUCCAUAUCGCUGUGCUCGACCCUCUCUGUACCUUCGGUAUUCUUCAAAAUAUCGUGAAGAAUAUCGAGAUUGUCGUUCGGGAGAAACUUUCAUCUCUAUUCCAAGAUGAUAGAGAUUCCGAAAUAGAAGAGAAUGACAGCGAGCAUAUUGAAAAUGAUCUCAAAUAUUUGGACAUUUACCAAUUGAUUUGGGCACUCGGAGAUGAUGAACUGAGUGAGUGUCAAUUGAAACUCUUGAGGGAAGGCUUUCGUUUGCUAUUGAAUGGAGAGCAAAUCUUGUAA